CGCUCUCUCUAAAACAUUGUCGGAGUCCAAAUGAACCUAGCCCCCACCCCCACAAUGCUUUCUCUACAGCAUCAUCGGAGGCCCCCAAAACCCACCCACAUAAAUCCCACCCUCCCCCUGUCCCGAUCCUAAUCCCUUCCUGAUCCCUAACCCCUCUUGUUCUCUCGCUCGCUUGGCUUGAUUUCUUUUGAUUUCUCCUUAAUUUUUUUUUUGCUAGAUUCGAUCGUAGAGGGCCCUUCCAGAUCCGAAGCACUAACCCUAGGGAGAAUAUUUUUAGGUUCUCCUCCCUGGGGGGAGAUGGAGGAGGCGAUGGAGAUGGCGCGGGUGACGGACACGAAAGAGCGGAUGGAGGGUGGAGCAGCUUCCCCAGCUAUUGGAGGCGUCUACGAAGAGCCUGUUGUCAGCCGAGGUCACGGCCCUCGUCGAUUGUUGCACGGAUCUCCUCAAAGACAACAAUUUUCGGGUCUCCUAGGGCGCACUUCAGGCACUGUCCUUCACUACUGUGCUCUCCGGGGAGCACUUCAAGCUCCAUUUUAAUGGUCUCAUACCCGCCGUCAUCAAGAGGCUUGGUGAUGGGAGGCAGCCCGUCCGGGAUGCUGGCCGACAUCUUCUGAUCAACCUAAUGGAGACCUUCUUGAAUUAAAGGAAGUUGCAUUUCUUUGAUUAUGGGAAGCGUUUCUUGAAAUCUUAGCUUUGCCUGCGUUAAGGGAAGAAGGGGCAUCUCAACAGCCAGACCUUUUUGAAUUAAAGAAGUCGCAUUUCUUUGAUUAUGGAAAGCGUCUCUUGAAAUCUUAGCUUUGCCCGCGUUAAGGGAAGAAGUAGCAUGUCAACAGCCAGGAAGAGAUCCUGUUCUCAGAGACAGCGAUGCUCAGAAGCAAUGCAGUUGCGAAGAAAAUCUUUGCCACAUGAAAAUGCACUGCACCACACGGUUAUUCUUUACCAGGGCACAACCAAUGAUGUGACAGCCUUUCUAAUCCUUGGAAGAAGUCAGAUAAAAGACAUAGCGACACUGAUAUUUUAAGAGUGGGUCAAAAAUUUAAUACAGUGAUCGUGAUUAACAGGGGAGGGGAGGCACCCAAUUUUGUUAUUUGGAAAAUUCUGGCAGUGCGACUACCAAUAUGCUCAUGACUAGAGCAGAAGACCUCUUAAUUAGUAUUGGAAUAAUAACAUAAAAGGAAAGAAGAAAAUGGCCAUCGGUAUGGUCCUUGCUAUUGCUAUACCUCUAGUAACUGCAUUCGUGCUGAUCUGCAUAAUUUGCAUUUGCAUCUCGAGGAGGAGGAAGCCAUUUGUAAAGUUACCAUUACAUGGGAGUAGCCUGGAGGAAAUCGCAAGUGUCGAGUCCCUAUUACUUGAUAUAUCUACACUACGAUUUGCAACAUCUAACUUUUCUGAAGAGAACAAACUUGGAGAAGGCGGCUUUGGUGCAGUUUACAAGGGACUACUAACUGAUGGACGAGAAAUAGCAGUGAAGAGGUUAUCAGCUAGUUCAUCACAAGGAUUCAGAGAGCUGAGAAAUGAGCUAGUUUUAGUUGCAAAACUCCAGCACAGGAAUCUUGUAAGGCUUCUGGGUGUUUGCUUAGAAGAACAAGAGAAGUUGCUUGUUUAUGAAUAUGUGCCUAACAGAAGCCUGGACACCAUUCUUUUUGGUAUAAUUUCUUCAUCCACUCAAAACUGACUAUUAAACGUAUGCAGCCAGCAUAAUAUUGUUGAACUAUAACUUAAUACUGAACCUCCAACUUUGGUGUUUGUUUAAAUGUAGGCUCUCCUCUACCAACUUAAUAUAGUUGUGUUUCUAGUGUAACUCUUUUGUUAGUGCAGAAGAAACAAAUGUCUGACCAUCUUAUGUUUAAGCCCUCUUUGGAUGUACUCUCA